AUGCCGCCACGUCAGACCCGUAGGGAAGCGGCUGCGAGCCUUGAGCAUGAGCAUAGCGGAGUGGCUGUGCUUGAGAACGCACCUGAGGAGUCAGGGGCAUCAAGCCCCUUAUCCCAGGCUCAUAGCUCCCCUGGAGCAGAAGCCCAGCUUGCUACGUCCCUCGCCCUCGAAGCUGAGUUACAGCGAGAACUUGAGCUGAGAGAGGCGGGCGAGCAAAUCCGUCGACUACAGGAACGCCUAGAGCGCGUAGAGGAGGCUUCUGCCCACACUCUUAGGUCGGAUGAGCGAAGCGUUACGACUACUGUAAGCUCUACUUUGCAUGCUGGGGUACCACGAAGCCUGAGGUCGAGGGCGAUCCCUGAAUACCGAGGGAAGAACGUCCACGAACAUAACUAA